AUGCAACAUGAUGGAAGCAGUACUAUUGAUGACAGUGAAUUAAUUAGUGAUUCAGAUUAUGCCAUGAACGCAAUAGAGAUCAAUAAGACCAUUUCAUAUAAGUUUGGCUGUAGUUUUGAGGACAGUGAGAGUGAAGCUCAUGUUUAUGAUAGCAGCAGAAUCAGUAGCAAUACCUUUAGAAAAGCCGAGUUGAUGAGUAUUCAUCUCUCUCAAUUGAUGCUUCAGUACAGAAUUUCCAGAGCAGCUUACAGAGAUACUGUCCAAUUUGUUAAUACAAUCAUUCAAGAUCACGAUGAAAUUAUGUUGGAACUUGGGGCUAAGAUCAGCCACGGCAAAACUAUCAAUGCUUUGCUUAAGUCCAAGUCAAGUGUCAAGGGCCAUGAGUAUGAUGUCUGUCUUAGUGGUUGCCAAUUGUAUGGGAUUAAUGACAAUCAAGAAUCUUGUGUUGAUUGCGGCGAACCGCGAUACAAGACUGAUCCAGAGCAAAGUGAAACACCAUCUGCCAGUAUGAAGCUCAUGUCAGCCAGUGAUAUGUUUUCUCAAAUGCUGGCUGAUCCAGCUACAAGAGAACUCCUCCAUUACAGGGCAAACCGGAAAUCUGUAGCUGGUCAGCUUACCAAUGUUUUUGAUAGUAACAGUUACAAGCAGUUGGUGCAGCAAGACCUGUUCUCAAAUCCCAACGAUAUUGCUAUUGAGUUGUAUACCAAUGGUUUCGUUAACCAAAAAAAGGGCAAGAGUUUGUAUACCAUUGUUCAUGCUGUUGUAUUCAACCUUGACCCAUCAAUAAGUGAAAUAAAAGAUCUUGAGGUGUAUGGCUUGGUGAUCAAGAGCAAUGGAGUUGAGGUUUGCCGUGCCAAGAUCCACUUGUUGCUUGCUUCUAGUGACAUCCCAGCUGUGGCUGACAUGGUGCACAUUGGCUCACAUGCCAGUUUGUUUGGCUGCCAAAUCUGCGAAACAAAGGGAAAAUCCCCAGACAACAGACGGUACGGAAUGUACUUUGAAGAUAGUUCUGCUCCUUUGCAACCUUUGGAAGACUUCAAAACUGGCAACCCUAUAAUUGCAAGAGGAAUUGGAAAGCACAUGUACAACUUGAUCACUGUGUCCCUUACCAAGGAGACAAAAAUUUUUUAUACCCGUCCAGAUGAUACCCUCUUCACCACAGAAUACCCAUUCUUCAUACCAAGAACUAGACUUGUGACAAUUGGAAACUGUAUCACAAGCAGUUUUGAUAACAUCUUUUCUAAGAUUGAUGGUACUCGUGCUGUUGAUUGGCUUGACUUUCUUUUGUAUAUUGUUCCCACUCUUGUUGUUCCAUUCUUGCCAAACAGAGCUGUGAAAACUGUGGUGCUGUCACUUGUCAAAGGUUGUGCACUGGCAUUGCAAUGGACGUUGACUUCAGAGUUGCUGGAUAAGAUGGAUGUCAAUAGACAUUUUAAACACUGGCACCACUAUCUAUCGCAACAGGUUCAGAACAAGACUAUAUCUCGUAGUGCCUUCAGACCAGUACAGCACUAUCUUGUGCAUAUACCAUUCAUUGUCAACCAACUAGAUCUACUUCGAUGCUACUCCACUCAAUCAAUGGAGAGAGUAAUUGGUGUCUUUUCCAAACUAAUCAAGUCUAAGUGCAAGGACGGCCAUAAUGCCAGUUUUCUUGUGGAGCGAUUUACAUUGCAUAACUAUGUCAACACGGCCAUCAGUAUCCAGAACGAAAUUGAUCUUAUUCAGCCCAAGCCGUAUGGUAGAGAAAGUUAUAUGGAUCUUCCUAAUGAUCCUAGUGGUGCGCAGUUAUGGGAGCCAUUUCAUCAAUUUGCUCAGUUGAACGAUGAUUUGAUAGAAGGUGUAAGCAGCCCUAGGGUGAAGGAUAUCUUAACUAGAUACUAUCAACAAACUUCGGGUUUGAUGAUUUCUGAUAUUGGUGAUUCUACGAUUGUUGUUGCUAGUCGUUUAUGGAUGAAUUUGACCUUAUAUUCAUCUUGCAUAAACAACUGUAACAUAAUUGUUUACAACUGGCUCGUUGGUGCGGUGGUAUUCUUCUUCCAGCAUGAGGAUUCACUUGGCUCUCUUAGUUUCUUUGCUUUUGUUGAAGUAAUGAAGGAAUAUGACGUGGCUGCCCACGACUCAUCUGUACCAAUUGUCAAACAGCGGCUGUUACGCAAUUUAAAUUAA